AUGAUCUCAGUCACAAAGAGUCUAGCUGUAAGCCUAUGUGCGAGCUUCAGUCUCGUGGAAGGAUAUUCCAACAACAAGCGAGGUGCUGCCUAUAACGACAUAGCGACCGUUCAUCUACUUCAAACUGCGGGCACGGUAUCCUGGGCGUAUAAUUGGGGCAUGGCUGAGCUGAAUAGUCUUCCCUGUGGGAUCGAAUUUGUCCCCAUGCUUUGGGGACCUCCUUUUGAUAAUUGGCAGGAAAUGGCGGAAAAGAGCCUCGCCAAAGGGAGCACCUAUAUUCUGGGGUUUAACGAGCCUGACAUGUCAUCACAGUCUAACAUGAUUCCCUCCGUGGCCGCGGCCAACUACCGAGAUUACAUCACACCCUUUAAAGAGAGGGCAAAACUAGUCAGCCCUGCUGUGACGUCGUCGAUAUCUCCAGGCACGGGGCUUGAUUGGCUAGGGAAAUUCAUGGAGUCAUGUAUUGACUGCAGCAUUUCUGCCGCAGCGGUUCAUUGGUAUGGUGAUUCAGUCGACGAUUUCAAAUUGUUCGUCGAGAAUGCCACUAUCCUCGCUAGGUCACACGAUCUUAGUGAGAUCUGGAUCACUGAAUUUGCGCUGAAUGCCGACAUCGGUGGUGUGGCGGAUGAUGAAGCGACUACGAAAUUUGUUCAAAGCGUCACCUCCUGGCUUGAUUCCCAGACAAUGGUUACUCGGUACUCUUACUUCAUGUGUGCGGAGGGAUACAUUCUCACUCACGGGUCUGUCAAUACCGUUGGUCAAGCGUAUGCUUCUUCACGCGGCUGA